AGCAGGAUGAGCCUGGCUCCCGCAGCUCAGCCUGGUGUUCGUCUGUCCAUCCCAGGGCCUUGUGGCAUCCAGGGCAUCCAGGGGCGCGUGGUGGGUGGAAAUGAGGCCAAGCUUGGGCACUGGCCGUGGCAGGGCAGCCUGCGCUGGAAUAAAGUCCACAGCUGCGGAGCGAGCCUGCUCAACCGCCGCUGGGCGCUCUCGGCUGCGCACUGCUUUCAAAAGAACAGUCACCCCUCCGAAUGGUCAGUCCAGUUUGGGGAGCUGUCUGCCGCACCAUCCGUUUGGAGCCUGCGGGCCUUCCUGCGUCGAUAUGGAGUCGAGGAUAUUAUCACAUUCCCCCACUUCGGGAAGAAUUUGCAGCAUGACAUCGCCCUGGUCAAGCUCUCCUCCCCGGUUACCUUCAAUAAGCACGUCCAGCCCGUCUGCGUCACCUCCUCCUCUUUGGAGUUCAAGAACCGGAAUGACUGCUGGGUGACUGGCUGGGGGGACAUCCGUGAGAGACAGAGUGAGGCUGGGGACAGAUGGGCGGGGGAGGGCAGCGCUGUCCGCCAGGCCCUGUGCCGGCCCGCACAGCAGCUGCAGGGGCCCCGCCUUGGUCUGUGCCCACGCUGCCCUCGCUGUGUCCCCUCAGCAGACGGCCCUCACCCCCUCCCCGCCCCCACCGCGGAACAGCGCUUUCUGCACCCACACUCAGCUCCCCCUCCCUUCCAGAGGCUUCGAGCCAGGAGCCAGGCACCGAGGCCCACCUGCCCAGACCUGCAGCCCCAGCCUGCAGGGGUGUGCGAGGUUUUGGGGUGCACUUAUCAGAAAAGCACUGGGCUUUUUUGUUUUUGGAGAUACAGUUCACAAAGCAUAAAAAGCAUCCUUUUAAAGUGUACAAAGCUGCCGCCUCCCUAUAAUCUCCAGGAAGUGCAGGUCUCCAUCAUAAACAAAUCCAGGUGCACCUACCUGUUCCAGCAGCCUUAUUACCGCAGAAAUGUCAGUCAUGACAUGAUUUGUGCUGGCUCUGAGGAUGGCGACGCCGACAGCUGCAAAGGUGACUCAGGCGGACCCUUGGUCUGCGAAAAGAAUGGGCGGUGGAUUCAGAUUGGAAUCGUGAGCUGGGGAGUGGGCUGUGGUAGGCGCAACCGGCCUGGUGUCUACACCAAUGUCAGUCAUUACUUCAGCUGGAUCCAGUUGCUGACGGCCCGCAGCACACCCAGGCCAGACCCCUCUUGGUUGCUGCUCACUCUCGCUCUGCUCUGGACUCUCUUACUCCUGCAGAUGGCCUGGGCACGCUUGAGCCCAUGAGGAUGCUGUGGUUACCGCAGCUCU